ACAUAUUCUGCUUCCUGUUUGUGAAACGUGGUCCUCCUAGCAGCACAGACUCAGAGCCUGAGAGCCGGCCAUGCCACGGAACCAAAUGCAUAGCUGGCUGGAUGCUGUGUUCUUUGGACUCCUGCUUCUCCUCGGCCAUGUGCAGGGUCACGACUCACCAGAGACCAGCCCCAUCAGAAGCACACACUCUGGCCAGGUCCAAGGCAGGCUCAUUCACGUGAAGGACACUAAAGCUGGUGUCCACACCUUCCUGGGAAUCCCCUUUGCCAAGCCUCCUGUAGGACCACUGCGCUUUGCACCUCCUGAGGCCCCUGAGCCAUGGAGUGGUGUGAGAGAUGGAACCUCACAGCCAGCCAUUUGUCCACAAAAUGUUACGAUGAAUAUGGAGGGCCUGAAGGAGUUGAAACUGACCCUGCCACCUGUCUCUAUGUCCGAGGACUGCCUGUAUCUCAACAUCUACACACCAGCCCACGCCCAGGAGGGCUCUAACCUGCCUGUGAUGGUGUGGAUCCACGGUGGUGCACUCACUGUAGGCAUGGCUUCCAUGUAUGAUGGAUCCGUGCUGGCAGCCACUGAGGAUGUGGUGGUGGUCGCUAUCCAGUACCGCCUGGGUGUCUUGGGAUUCUUCAGCACUGGAGAUGAACAUGCCAGGGGAAACUGGGGGUUCCUGGACCAAGUGGCUGCCCUACGCUGGGUCCAGCAGAACAUCGCCCACUUUGGUGGCAACCCUGACCGGGUCACUAUUUUUGGCGAGUCAGCAGGAGGCAUAAGCGUGUCUUCGCAUGUUGUGUCCCCCAUGUCCAAAGGACUCUUUCACAGAGCCAUCAUGGAGAGUGGAGUAGCUCUGUUGCCUGGAACCAUAUUUAGCUUCUCUGAGGUGGUUUACCAAACGGUGGCCAAGCUCUCUGGUUGUGAGGCCAUGGAUUCAGAGGCCCUGGUGCGCUGUCUGAGAGGCAAGAGUGAAGAGGAGAUUCUAGCUAUUAGCAAGAACUUCCAGAUGAUCCCUGGUGUGGUGGAUGGAGAGUUCCUACCCAAGCAUCCUCAGGAGCUGCUGGCCUCUGCUGAUUUUCACCCUGUCCCCAGCAUCAUUGGUUUCAACAAUGAUGAGUAUGGUUGGAUCGUCCCCAAAGUCAUAGGCUCUACUCAGACAAUAAAGGGAAUAACCAGAGAGAACCUGCAGGCUGUCCUGAAGGAUACAGCACCGCAAAUGAUGCUGCCUCCUGAGUGUAGUGAUCUGUUGAUGGAAGAGUACAUGGAGGACAUUGAGGACCCCAAGACUCUUCAAAUACAGUUCACCGAAAUGAUGGAAGACUUCAUGUUUGUGAUCCCUUCUCUCCAAGUAGCAUAUUUUCAGCGUUCCCAUGCCCCUGUCUACUUCUAUGAAUUCCAACAUCAAUCCAGCUUCCUCAAGGAUGUCAGGCCACCCCACGUGAACGCUGACCAUGGAGAUGAGGUUCCUUUUGUUUUUGGUUCCUUCUUCUGGGGCAUGAAACUUAACCUCACUGAAGAGGAAAAGCUGCUAAACAGGAGAAUGAUGAAGUACUGGGCCAACUUUGCAAGACAUGGGAACCCCAACAGUGAGAGUCUACCCUACUGGCCCGUGUUUGACCAUGAUGAACAGUAUCUACAGCUGAACAUCCAGCCUGCUGUGGGACAAUUCCAGAAGGCCAGAAAGCUGCAGUUCUGGACCAAGACUCUGCCCCGGAAGAUUGAGGAGUUAAAGAGAUCUCAAAACGUGCACAAAGAGCUAUAGUGCCUUGUGUGAGGAAUGGUAUAUGGUGUCAGCUGCUGAUGGAGUCAGCUUCAGGUUCCCAAAACAUUCUAACAUUCAUAUAAACUCUGUGCUUGUCUGUUCUUCAUUUAUCACAAAUCCUCUGCAUGUGACUCCUUCUCCUGCUGGGUCAUCUUUUGUUAGACCCAUUAAAAAAGCAGCCUAUUGAUUGGGUUAGACCUAUCCAAACUCCCCUCCCAGUGGAUUUGUGAACCCCAUAAUUCCCCAUCUCCUUUUACACUCCACUGGGACUAGGAUCUUUGCUUUCUUCUUUCCUCACCUCACCUCUCAUCCUCACUGUCCUCUUCUCUAUGACCAAAACAGUCUUCAAGUAGGACUUUGGAAAACAUUGAUAUUGUUCUCCAAACAGUCCCUAUCACAGGGGUGGGCUGUGUCAGAACCACAUGCUCCCUCUCAUCAGCUUCACACUUUUGGAGACCAUAGAUCCCAAGAUUAAGAUACUAACAGGUUUGCUGUACAUGCUCUCUAGCCCAAAGAUGAUACCUGUGAUUUCACUGAGCAUAUGAGAUAGUUAACAAUCCUCAUGGCCCGGGCCUCCAAUAGGCCUCUUUUUUUUUAAUUGGAUAUUUUCUUUAUUUACAUUUCAAAUGUUAUCACCUUUCUCACCCCACCCCCAAAACCCUUUAUUAUAUCCCCCCUUCCCCUGCUUCUAUGAGGGUGUUCCCUCACCCAUCCCACCCAUCCCCACUUCCCCGCCCUCUCAUUCCUCUAUACUGGGGCAUUGAUCCUUCACAGGACCAAGGGCCUCUCCUCCGAUUGAUGCCUGACAAGGUCAUUCUCUGCUAUAUAGGUGGCUGAAGCCAUGAUUCCCUCCAUGUUUACUCUCCGGUUGGUGGUUUAGUCCCUGGGAGCUCUGGGGGGAGGUCUGGUUGUUUGAUAUUGUUGUUCUUCCUAUGGGUUUAUCACAUUGGAGUUAUUCAGUAUAGAAAUAUGAUUCAUAGAUAUUUUCAAAACACAGCACACAGAGGUUCCCAACUUGAUCACUAGAUUUGAAAACAUCUAAAAGUGUCUCUAUCUACUGUGUUUAUAAAUUAAAAUUUGCCAACAAUUUGUUUUAAGAUAAUCUA